AUGAGCACGGAUGGAAAUGGUAAGAAAUAGUAUGUUUUAGCUUUUGAAAAUCAUGAGUUUUUUCAGUAGGAAUUGCUGAAAGUUGGGAUGAUGAUGGAGCGGAUCCGGUAAAAGUGAUGGAAGAACGAUUUCAAAAAGUCAAAAUUAUGCAAAGAGAGCAAGAUGUCAAGAAGGCAGCAAUCAAGAAAUGGGAAGAAAAUGCGGAAAAGUUAGUUUUUUAAGAAGUUAGAGGGAAAACCUUAAAAUGCUGUGCUCAUUAUCGAUUUUUGUUGAUAAUGAACAUUUGUGCGUAUUAAAUAUGGCAUGUGGUUGAAUGUUCGGAGUUGUCGUGAAAUUUUGAUCAAAAGAGAAAUCGUAUAUCGAAAUUCUUUAAACACAUUUUUUUCUCAGAAAUCCCACGGAAUCCGCGGGACCAUCACAAAACGACGAGCCAAAACGUCUUCUUCUCCGGCGCCCAAAAAACGGCGAAAAUUCAAGCAAAACCAACGAUUCUUCAAUGUCUCAACACAAUCAACAAAAUCGUGGUCGAAAAGGAGCGCCGGGACAAAAUUCGGCUCCUCCUAAAACUUUGGAAGAAAGACAAGCCGAAUAUCAAGCGGCGAGGCAAAGAAUUAUGGGAUCGGAAUAUAAACCGGAUGUAAAUGAGACAAGUGAAAUUGGAAUUGUUGAAAGGUAAAUUUUUUGCGGAGAAUUCUUGUUGUUGUUCUUGUAGUUAUAGAUUUUUUUGAAUAUAGAUCAAAAUCACCAGAAACUGUGCCGAUUCCAAGAAUUCCGUCAAAUCAACGAAUCGUAGAAUUUCAAAAUAUCAAUAGACAACAUAUUCCGGAUCUACUUAGAGUAAGUUUCUUCAUAGUAGUUAAGUGCUUCAAAAUUGCUAAAUCAAUGAAUUUCGUUCAAAAUUUUCUAGGGCUGUAAAAAUGGGGCCGGAACACACUAUUUUGUGUGCCGGAAUACACUUUCACCCGAGCAAACUAUUUUUUUUGUUGCGUGUAUUUUCCCUUUAAAAGGGUUCGGGUGAACUAUUUACGGCCCUAAAAUUUUCUCUAGAAAAAUGCAAUAUUUUUGUUCAAAAAAUGGUUUCGGGAAGGUUUCUUUCGAAUUUUGGAGCUAUAAUUCAAAUGCUCAUCGGCUCCUCAAAAUAACUAGAUAUUUUUUUAGCAAACACUUCCACCUCCUCCCCCACCUGGUCAUAUUUUUCAUCAACAAUCUCAAAUGCAACAACAACAUUUUUCACCGAAUAAUCCGUAUGCGAAUCCUUAUUCUCAACAUUCAAAUGCACAUAUUUUUAUGAAUAAUAAUUCGCAAUUAUUUCAUACACCAACACAUAUUCCACCACCAUCAAUGAGAAAUCCAAUUCCUUUUGGGUGAGUUUAUUUUGGGUUGUAGGAAAUUUGAAAAUUAUUGGAUUUUUGUUAAAUUUUUUGACGUGGAAAUUGAAUUUUACAUCGAAAUCUUCUCGAAACAUUUAAAAAUUUGAAAAAAGAGGAAAUCUCAAUUUCUGUACUAUGAAAGUCUUCAGCACGUAACGUGCUGCACGUUCAAUAAAACUAUCGUUUUCAGAAGCCGUUAACCCUAAUAGUUUAAAAUAACAUCAGUAUUUUAUAAUAAAACUUCCAAAAAAAAUUUUGAAACAGUAAAAAAAUAAUUUUGCAGAUGUCCACCAGGAAAUGUGAGUCAAUACAUGAAUCACGGCAUCUAUUCGCAUCCUCCACCAUCUUCAUAUUGUUCUCCUCCUCCUCCACCACAAUCUUCCGCAAUUAUUGCACCAUCUCAAAAUCCAACUUCUUCACCAUCUCAACAAUGA